AAAAACAUAUUUAUACUGGUGGUGAUGAAAUUGAACAAGAAUAUGGAAAUGAAUUUCAUGAUAUUGUUUGGUUACAUAAUUUGAUAUUUCCUCCAAAGUAUCCAAAUAUUUCCUUUAUUGGAUUGAUAUUAGGAUCUGGUGCUAUUUUACCAUUUAGUGAGAUGCAAACACGUUAUGUAACAAGUCUUAUUAAAGGAUUUAUCAAACCAAUUCCAUCUCAAAACGAAAUGGAAAAAUCUAUACGUAAACAUUAUGAAAGCAUUCGUAAAAAUUAUUGUAAACAUGCUCGUAGUGCUAUUCGGUUAGCUUAUAUACCUUAUAUGGAUAGUUUGAGUAAAGAAAUUGGAUGUUAUCCUUAUUCUUAUGAAAUAUUUAAAAAAUUUGGGUUCAAUUUUUGGAAAUUGAUUAUGUUUGGUAUGGCUACUCCUAUUCAAGGAGGAAUUCUUGGGAGGGUGCAAAAGAAGCUAUUUCGCUUUAUAACAAAUAUAGUUUUAAAGCUGUUGGCAGAAGAUCAAGAG